UUCAGCAUCUCUAUCUCCAAUGUUCACCACAGGAAUGUGCCUUUGCUUCACAGACAUUUUCCUGCCGAAACUCUAACAUGUUCUAAAGUGAAUACUGGAACAAUAUUUCUAAUAUAGAACGUGGGGAAUGGUCAGAGGUGACCUAAAAGAACACUGUCGGUUUGGUUGUUUAUUUUGUGAUGUUAUACUGUAGAAGAAAUACUGUAACUUAAAGUAUACAUACUACAUGCACAAAGUUUUCAUCCUCUGUGUUGUGCAUGAAAUAUGAAAAAUUAUUAGAGUUUUUGUUAAGAUAGGGAUAUGAUUUUAGGAGCCAUAAGAGAUAGUUUCACAUAACUUUGUACAAGUGACAAGCCACACCCCUGAGUGAGGUCAGUGAGCCUGAUGGAACCGCCCGUUUGAAUGAACUGUAUAAAAUGAUGGGUUAAGAAUUAACAUAGCAGACCAGAGAGAUGUUGAGCUGCAGCUCACGUUUAAAGUGGUUUGAACUCUGAAACCACUCAACACGAGGUAGAAACGAUAAAGUCACCUCCCGGACAAUCACUGGUAGGGCUGAUUUAGUAAAGUAUCUAGAAAAGCGAAUUUAUGUGGGACCAUUACCCUUCUCAAAUCACCGUAGUACACUACUCUCAUUACCCCAUUGAGAACCAUCGACACGGCUGGCUAGCCUAUCUUCAAAUAAGCUUCUUCCAGAGCGAAUGGAAGUAGAAUAAGCUCUGUAGUUCUGUUCAGGACUACACAAUAAGUCACCGGAUAUCGGACGACUGCAGAGGAGAACAACCGUAGAAGACGGGUGGGGACCCCUUUUGGACAAUCAGAGCCUUACAAGCGUGCCGCGAAAAGGUCCAACCAACCCCCUUUCCAAGAAGGCCAGGUUCCGAAAGAGAUAUACGGUGAACCAAGGCAUUUCCAUGUGGCGAUGCAUCUCUGCGUGCCUGGCAGAUAUCUCAGCUUGGUUGUUGGCCCACCACCUCAAGCUCAACCUCGACAAGACGGAGCUGCUCUUCCUCCCGGGGAAGGCCUGCCUGCUCUAAGACCUCUACAUCACGGUUGACAACUCCACGGUGUCUCCCUCCCAGAGUACAUAAACCUUGGCGUGACCCUAGACAACAUCCUGUCAUUCUCUGAAAAUAUCAAAGCAGUGACUUUAUCCUGCAGGGUCAUGCUUUACAACAGGGGUAUUCAACUUUUACCCUACGACGUUUCUGUUCUGGUGGGAGGUGCUAUAGGAGGACAGGCUCAUUUUAAUGGCUUGGAUGGAAUAACUGGAAAGGUAUCAAACAUAUGGAAACCACAUGUUUGACUCUGUUACAUUUAUUCCAUUCCAAAAACAUCUGAAACUGUAACUCUUCAAAGAAUACCUUAAAUAAUCCCACAGCAUGAACUAACACUCACACUUGAGUCAUUUCCCCCCUAGCACUGACUUUGCUGAUAAGUACUUUUUGAGGAAAAAUGUACUUACUAUGACUGAGAUAUGUGUUUGUCCCACCUAGCUAACUUAAGAUGAAUGACUUACUAAAUGUAAGUCGCACUGCAUAAGACCACCUGCUAAAUGACAAAAAUGUCAAAUGUAAAUACAAUUAAGUGGCAUUUGAGUGACAUCUAGUGUCAAAUUGUUGAAGCUGCAUACACUUGACUUAUAUUCAUCAAGAACAAAAAUCUGCGGUCCAGGCUAAAUAACCAGGUAGUCUAAUAUUUAACAAGCAACCAGAUGAGUUGAAGUCAGAGGUGAACUUUUGAUAAUUGAUUAAUCAACGACAUAAUUUCUCGACCUUCUCAAAAUGGAUGGAUGUGAUGCCCAUCAUGACAUGCUCCAUCAUGACUAGUUACACCUCAUUACAUCCGGUGGAUGAGGUCAAUCUUUCCCUAAAGAUCCGCCAUUUCAGCCUCUGAGUUUAUAUUUCAAAUUACUUAAGAGAUUUAUUUUAAAACGCCUUGACAAAUAAAUUAUAGAUUUCUGGUUGCCACAAUUAAUUCUUAAUUAAGGUGUUAACUGUAUUGUUUCGUGGGAGUCGGUGAAAUGUACAUAGAUGUAACGGUUUAAAGCGGUAUCGAUGCCAUGGUUUUUUCCCGGAGCGUGUUCCAUAGUGAACCAAAGUUUUUGUAUGAGUUGAAUCCCGAUUGCGAAUAGGGAGAGGCAAGGGGAAGGCCUUGGAUCCUCGGAGUGGAUUUGGAGCCAUGGCCGGGAAUUUUGAUGCCGAGGACCGUGCUAGCUGGUACUGGGGAAGGUUGAGCCGACAGGAGGCGGUUUCUCUCUUGCAGGGUCAGAGACAUGGCGUGUUCCUGGUCAGGGACUCGAUUACCAGUCCUGGGGACUACGUGCUAUCUGUCUCAGAAAACUCAAAAGUCUCACAUUAUAUAAUUAACAGCAUCAGCAACAACCGGCAAUCUGGAUCAGGUCUGGCCCCCCCGCGGUUCCGCAUCGGGGAUCAGGAGUUUGAUGCCCUACCCGCCCUGCUGGAGUUCUACAAGAUCCACUACCUGGACACCACCACGCUGAUCGAACCCAUCAGCAAGGCCAAGCAUGCGGGCUUCGUGAGCUGUGCCGCCGCUGCCCCGGGGGGCGCCCUGCAGGAGGCAGAGUUUGUUCGCGCCCUCUUUGACUUCCCUGGCAACGAUGAGGAGGACCUGCCCUUCCGCAAGGGAGAUGUGCUGCGCGUGCUGGAGAAGCCUGAGGAGCAGUGGUGGAACGCGGCCAACCAAGAGGGCCGUGUCGGCAUGAUUCCCGUGCCCUACGUGGAGAAGUACCGGCCUGCCUCGCCCAACUCCUUGGGGGCUCCGGCGGCAGGGAGACCCGGCGGGGCAGGAGGAGUAGGCGGAGUAGCGGCAGGUGUUGGAGGCAGCACUACCGACGGAGCAGCUCCCCAGCUGCCCCCGCCUCUGGGGGAGCCGGGCCAGUAUGCCCAGCCCGUGGGCAAUACACCCCUGCCCAACCUGCAGAACGGGCCUGUCUACGCCCGUGCCAUUCAGAAGAGGGUGCCCAACGCCUACGACAAGACGGCCCUCGCCUUGGAGGUCGGAGACAUGGUAAAAGUGACCAAGAUCAACGUGAACGGCCAGUGGGAGGGCGAGUGCAAGGGCAAGCAUGGCCACUUUCCCUUCACGCACGUCCGGCUUCUGGACCACCAACACCCUGAGGAGGAGAGCUGAGAGACACACUUCGUCUCACUCCUCACUUCACAAAAUCCCUCUGUGAUCGUUUCUCACAGAUGAUAGGAAGAGCACACAGGAUAUACGGACUACAGUGGUCAGGAGUUGCAACUCAGCAGCUGUUGUUGCCAAUGGGGCUGGAGUACACUCCCCUCCCUUCACAUACACACACAGAAUAGAGUUUACACUUCCACCCCAGUAUUGAAGUCCUGAUACA